CAUUAAUAAGGUAUAAUAAACUACAUUAUACAUCAGACUAGAGGGAACAAUUAUACCUCACUCUUCCAUUAUACCACCCUAUCAGCACUCGACUCCACGGAAAAAGCAAUGAGCAACUCGACAGGCCCAUCCGGCUUCCUCAAAUUCAACAGUCUUCCCCCACGACUCCACGUCACAGCCGACGACGACGAAUUCGACGAAGUCCUUUUGCAACAUUUCCGUCAAGAAGGUUUCGACGUGACAUAUCUGCCCUGCUUGAUUAAUGAGGAUGAUGGGAGCAGCGGGAAAAAAGCAUAUGUGAAUGAGCUCAAGCAUUUGGCGGAUGAUUUGGAGGUGGGGGAGAGUUAUGCGAUCAUAGCAUUCAACCAAGCAGCCGCAAUAUGUUUGGACUUUUACUCAAAACCGCAACCCCAUUUCGCGGCGUUGGUAUGUUACUAUCCUACCUACUUGCCGAAUCCAAAGAUAUCCUCCUCCUACCCCACCAAUCUCCACCUCCUCAUCCACCUCUCAGGCACCCAACCUUUUGCCCCCGAUUCUUCCACUUCUUCUUCUUCUUCCUCCGCGUCUCCGCAUGUCAAAUCCUACAGUUAUCCCAAAGCACUCGUAGGAUUUGCCGAGCAUGACUUAGAAACCUUUGAUAAGAUUGCUGCGGGAUUGGCUUGGACUCGGACGUUGGCGACGCUGCGGACCGCGUUCAAAAGGGAUCGGAAUGAUGGUAAUGGGGGCUUGGAGGGUGUGAGGGAACGAUAUGUGGAAAAGGUGUUUGGGCAGAAGAAAGAUGCGCAAGAGGUGAUGGGUAUGGUUGGGCAGGAUUCAUAUGUGAAUGGUGUACCGACGAUGACGGGGGGAAUUGGUCGGAAUGAGCUUUUCGUGUUCUAUCGAGACUAUUUCAUUCCGAAAAAUCCGCCGUCUUUGCACAUCAAGCUCGUCAGUCGGACAAUUGGGACGGAUCAGGUCGUGGACGAGAUGAUCAUCUCUUUCAAGCACACACAAGAGGUGCCAUGGCUGCUGCCGGGAGUUCAGGCCACAAACAAGAUCGUACAUGUUGCAGUGGUAUCGAUUGUGGCAUCACGUGGUGGUAAGCUGGUACAUGAACAUCUCUACUGGGACCAAGCUUCAGUGCUGGUGCAAGUUGGAUUGCUGGAUCCAAAGCUCGUGCCAGAGGCGUUCAAGAAGCAAGGCUUGAAGCGUUUGCCAGUAUUUGGAAGUGAGACGGCGGCGAAAGUCCUCGAUGAAAACAGUCAACCGAGCAAUGGAUUGAUAUCAGGGUGGAAGCAGUCGCUGAGGAAGCAGGAAGAAAGCCAGGCAUUGCCGCAACGACCAAAGCAGACUGCGAAUAGUCAUUAAGCAGAUUCGUCGUAAUGUUCAGCAUUUCAAGGAGCCGAUUCGGUUUCGCUCAGGAACUUGCAGGUGGGGAGAUGAUACUCGGGCACAGUCCAGUAUGGCCGGCGAAUGCCGUCCCAGGCUCCGACAAGUGAAGGCACCUGUAGGAUAGUCCAUUCCACAUCCAGUCCAGCAUCGAAGAGCUCAAUCUCGGAAACUCUUUUGUAAACAUCAUAGCAGAUCUGUCGGUCCGCACCGAGACCGUUGUAGAAGCCGAAUCUGCCUUUGGAGUCCAACAGCUGAAUCACAUAUUCGGAGAACAGCUCCUUCAAAUCACUGUAGUCCUCAGCGUAUGUGUCGUAGUACAUUGCGUCAAGCACAACUCCCUCUGCUACCAGCUUGGGGAGUACGUCCUGCCACCUUCCCUCACAUACUCGAACAUUCUUCUUCUCGUACCAUCCCGUGUUGCGAAUAUGCUGCAGGACUUCGGGGUGUGCUUCCACGAUGUAGUGCAUUUCCGGCUCGUUCUCCAUGAACAUGCGAUCGACAAUGCCCAUGCCGUGGCCAAUGUUCAUUGUUCGUAGACCCUUUCUGGGGCAAAGUUGAUCUGCAGAGGUCUUCAUGAUCUCUGUCUCCCAGUCCAUCAUGACAGCGUUCUUGUCAGAGUCGAGCAAGCGUCCUUCGGAGUAAGUGAGCUUCGAGGCGAGGUAAGCGGGGUUGUCGACGUUUGGAUUGGACAGUUCGCCGUUCUCGUUCGUUUGUGUAAGCUCAGGAACAGCGCCCGCUUCUGCCUGGCCAUCAAUCUUGGUCGAUGGGUUUGGCGCAGGCUCGAAGCCAGAAACACCGACUGCAGCAUCGCCACUCGUCUGUCCAUUCGUUGCUGGCUUGUCUGCUGGACUUGGUUCAAAACCAGCAAUCUCUUCAUCCUCCAUCACCUCAUCCUCGUCGUCGGCCUGGUCUGGAAGAAAUUGAUACCCGUCGAGUCUGUUGAAGAGAAGCUCGGCUCGGACACCGGCUGCGACGAGGGCCUCGUAGACCUGCUUGAGGCCCAGACGAAGAGCCAUACAGCCCGGCGUCUCAUCGUUGUUGUCCAAUUCAUUCCAGAUGGCGCCAUUCUCGAAUAGCAGUCGCACGGUAGCCAAUGCAGACUCUUCGGUCAAGGCAUUGCCGUGCACAGCAUCGCCAGCCGGCACUGACUCCUCUUUGGAGUCCUCGUCUGGCUCACAAGAAGCGAUUGCGGCAUGCAGAGGCGAAAAGCCCGUGUCUGGAUCCCGAAUGCGAGCAGAGCCCGUUCGCAGCAGCUUGGUCAAUGCCUCGAGGUCGUGGUUGGUGGCAGCGAGGAGAAUUUCGUCGUUGGUCGUGUCGGUGUCGACCUGCAUGUUGGGGUCUUCCUGGAUGGUUGCCAUAUUGUG